CCCGUCGUCGCGCGACUUCUCAUCGCGCUAGGGCGAGAAGCGACGACGUAUCGCGAGCCGAUAUACCUGCUUCCACUUGUUUUCCUCGUGGAACAAUCAAGGCCAUCGCGAGAUAAUUAUCCAGAUAACGGUGAUGCUCGCCGGUAUCCCAGCCGCACGGAGGAUCUACAGGGUCGGGAUUGGAGAUAGACAAGAUGGACCAACAGUAUUGCCUACGAUGGAACAAUCAUCCAGCCAACCUCACAGACGUUCUCAGCUCUUUGCUUGCCAGAGAGGCACUCUGCGAUGUAACCCUGGCUUGUGUUGGAGAGACAUUCAAGGCACACCAAACGAUACUCUCUGCAUGCAGUCCAUAUUUUGAGAGCAUUUUCCUCCAGAAUACCCAUCCCCAUCCAAUUAUAUUCCUGAAGGAUGUCAAUGAAACGGAAAUGAAGGCGUUGCUGCACUUUAUGUAUAAGGGGGAAGUUAACGUUAGUCAGCAUCUGCUACCAAUGUUCCUUAAAACAGCUGAGGCGUUACAGAUUAGAGGCCUCACUGAUAAUAGUGUUAAUAACAAGGCAGAAGAGAAAAGUCCAUCACCAGAACCAGAAACGCAAACUGGUGUUAGGCAUACUGAAUCGCCUAACCUUCAGCCUCUUCCUGAAAAGAGGAAACGAAAGGCUUCUGGCAGCUAUGACGUUUCCCUUAGUGGUCCACCCAGUGAACGGUUCAUGUCAGAUUCUCAGGCGUCAUCUCAAUGUAGUUACAAAUCGAGUCCCCCCGUGAUUCCAAAGUUAAACAAUGCCAUGGGAGGUGAAAUGGAAGAUGGUGGUCGACCUAUGUCUCCUGCAUCACAGCCACAACCUUCGAUCAAGCAAGAGUUAGAUCAUCACUUACCAGACUUCCAUGACAACAUUUCCCUCCCAACUAAUGUGGAGUGGGAAGUUCAGAGAGAUGGGAAGAGUGACGAAACAAUGGAUAUACAGAACAUGACCCAAAAUCAACAAGAUCCUGCUGUGAUACAAGUUUCUUGCCAAAGCACUAUCAUGGCUGGAGGUUCUAUGUCUAUCAAUAUGUCAGGGACUGCAUCUGAAUCUUAUGACAAUUCUUAUGUAUCUUUGCAAAAUCAAUCUAAUUCACACAAUAAUAAUAAUGCAGAAUUCAAUUCCUUACUCGGUUCAAUUUCUGAAACUAAUGCUAAUGCUAAAAAAUUUCAAAACAACAAUGUACAUAGGUCAAUAAUUGUAAAUCCACAGCCAAGCAUGUCAGUAAUACAAUCAACUUUGUGCAAUAAUUCACAACGUACAAUUCCUCAAAGUAGAAAGACUGGUAAAUUCAAAAUUGGAUGGUUGGACAUGUAUUCAUGGCUUCAGUAUGAUGAAAGGUCGAAUCUUAUGUUCUGUAAAUACUGUAGAAAAUGGAGUGAUUCAAUUCCUGAAAUACGUACUUCAUUUGCUGCUGGGAAUGGUAAUUUUAGACUUGAGAUUAUCAAUCAUCAUGAUAAGUGCAAAGCUCAUAAUUUAUGUGUAACUAAAGAGAGUGAAGCAAAAGGAAAUUAUACUUAUAUCAUGGAAACCUGUUGAUUUACUUUUAUAAUUUAUAAUUCUUUUUAUAAUUGUAUCUUAAUAGCAGCAGAUUUUUUAAUUAAUUUAAAAUUAAUUAAAGGUCAGUUAAGAUUCAAUUUAAUUUCAAUCAUUAACAAAAUAUUCUUAUCAUGCAAAACAAGAAUGCUGAAUGCUAUAAAGACCUUUGUAAACAUUUUUUUUUACUUUCUGUUAUUCUGUAAGAUUUUAGUUGCAUGUAUGAUCAUAAUUAUAUAAAAUUUUACCAGUCAACAAACUUUUAACAAACUUUAGUAGUCAUAUCACAUUUUGAUAAAUUAUAAUAGUGAAAGAGCGUGUUUGUAUAGUAUUAUUGAAAGCUAUUUAAAAAUAGACAUUCUUUCUUCCUAUAUUUCCAAUUGGAUCAAAAAUCUUUAAAUCUAAUCGUAACAUUUCUAAAUAUUUUAUAUUAGUAUGAUUAGCAUUAUUAUCUUUUCUUAGAUAAUUAAUCAUUGUAAGUUUCAUCUUUUU